AUGCGUUUCUCAGCAUCUGCACUCUUGGCUGUCGCAGCCGCCAGCACGACUUCCGCUCAGGCUGUCGUGGGCAAGGCGUAUGGUUUUGCCACCGGCGUUACCGGUGGUGGUAGUGCCGCAGCUGUUACGCCGUCUUCCGCUGACGAGCUUGCCAAACUGCUCUCUGACGACACUCCUCGGACUAUUGUCAUUAACAAGGAGUGGAAAUUUACGGGCACUACUGCUUCCGGUCCUGGCUGUGACCGCAAGACCUGCUCCAACUCUAACGGUGGUCAACUGUAUCUCGGAGAACUCUCCUGCGGAGGCAGCGACAACGUUGCAGCCACUGUGACCUACGACGUUGCCGGCACCAAGCCUCUUGUUGUUGGAAGUAACAAGAGCAUCAUUGGCGUGAAUGGCAAAGGUAUCUUGAACGGAAAGGGCCUCCAAAUCAAGGCCAAUGCCAAAAACGUCAUUGUCCAGGGCAUCACAAUUACUAACCUCAACCCUGGCGUCGUCUGGGGAGGUGAUGCUAUCGACCUGAAGGGCGGUAACGAUGGUGUUUGGAUCGACCACAACAAGAUCUCCUUGGUUGGCCGUCAGUUUAUUGUCAGUCACUACGACGGCUCCCGUGUCACCAUCUCCAACAACGAGUUUGACGGUGUCACCAAGUCCUCCGCCUCGUGCAACGGUAACCACUACUGGACCAUGAUGCUGAACGGCGACGGAGACCGAAUCACGCUCGACCGCAACCACUUCCACGACGUUUCCGGUCGUGCCCCCAAGCUUGGUGACAAGGGUACCUUCCAGGCCAGCAACAACUACUUCAGCAACAUGAAGGGCCACGCCUUCGAGCUCUACGCCAACACCGUCGCCCUGAUCGAGGGUAACUCGUUCGCGAAUGUCGCCGAUCCUUACAACGGCGAGUCUUACUCCAAGUGCUUCAGUGUCCCUACCGCCGCAUCUGCCAGCUCUUGCUCGUCCGCGCUUGGACGGGCUUGCCAGGUUAACAGUGUUGACUCCAAGAGUGGCAAGUUCAACCCCCUCUCCAGCACUUCUGGUCUCUCGGCCCUCGGCAGCCUCAAGAAGUACCUCGUCACUCCUGUUGCUGCUAGUGGUGUUGCCAGCCUUGUUUCCGGCAAUGCUGGCCCUUCCAAGCUUGGUUCCUCCUCGGCCGCGACCCCUGCUGCCGGUGCCACUGAAGAUUCGGCCGAGGAAGAGACUGAGGUCGAGGAGCCCGUUGCCACUGAGCCUGUGAAGGAGACACCUGCCGCCGAGGAGCCUGCCAAGGAGGAACCAGCUAAGGAGGAGCCAAGCACCGCUACGGGAGAGGCUCAGCAGUGGGGCCAGUGUGGCGGAAAAAGCUACACCGGUCCUACCAAAUGCGUCGCCGGUACCUCUUGCGUCGUCCAGAACGAGUGGUACUCGCAGUGCCUGAGUUCUGCCUCUAGACGUAGCAUGAAGUCUCUUCGUCGCAUCUAG